AUGUACGAUUUUUUUUUCUUGUUUUAUCAUCACGUUUUUAUACUUACGUCAGUUGUCACUCUAUUUAGCUUCUUCUAUGCUUCUUUCUUUUUCAUUUUUAUUUUUUCUCAUUGCAUUUUUCUUUUUUCUUUCUUUUUUCUUUCUUUUAUUUCUUCCUUCCUUUCUUUCUUUCUUUUGAUUUUUUUCUUUCGUUUGCGUCCUUUCGUUUUUCUCUUUUCUACUUUUUCUUUCUUUGUUUCUUUGUUUUUUCUUCUCUCUUUAUUUCUUCAUUCCUUUCAUUUCUUCUUUCUUUCUUUUUUCUUCUCUCUUUAUUUUUUCAUUUCUUCUUUCUUUCUUUCUUUCUUUUUUCUUCUCUCUUUAUUUCUUCAUUCCUUUCAAUUCUUCUUUCUUUCUUUUUUCUCCUCUCUUUAUUUCUUCAUUCCUUUCAUUUCUUCUUUCUUUCUUUCUUUUUUCUUCUCUCUUUAUUUCUUCUUUCUUUCUUUCUUUUUUCUUCUCUCUUUAUUUCUUCAUUCCUUUCAAUUCUUCUUUUUUUUCUUUCGUUUCAGCUCGUUCGUUUCUUCUCUAGCACUUUCUUUUUCUUUUUUCCUUCAUUUCUUUUUCUUUUUCUUUCUUCUCUUCUUUCCUUAUAUUUCUUCGUCCCUUUUAAAAAAGUUUUCUUCUUUCUUCCGUCUUCCUUCUUUCCUUUCUUUCUUAUUUUUCCUCUCUUUUCUAUUUUUCUAA